CUCAUUGCGGCCAUCGCGAGCGACUCACGCGAACGUGGGAAAUAUUUCGUCUGAAUUCGAAUUUGACGUGUGUUUUUUAUUAAUUUCUCGCAAGGGUUGACGGACAAGCAACGAUGCAGAACCUCAUACGGUCAGCAAUCCUGCUACUCGCAGUAGCAGCUACGUGCGCAGCGCCAGCAUCAGACAAUAACCUCACACAGGACAAAAAUGAGCCAUCAACUCAUGAGUUUCUCAGCUCCCUCGGUCUUAAGAAGCUGCGUUUACCAGCCGCCCACCACAGAAAGCGGUUAGCUGAACAAGGCAGGCGACAUAGUACUGGCGACUCCAGAAUGUUCGUGAUCAAGCUACCACCAAACAUGAACUACUACAGUAAUAUAGACCCCGCACCAGUUGCAGCCAGGAAAUUACCACUUCAAAUGCAUGGCAACGGAAAACCAGCUCGUGUGUAUCAUUGGAACCUUCCAGUUCUCAACAAGCUGGCAAAAAACCGGCCUCAGGCGCGUCUCAAUGAUGACAUAGUGAAUGUAGAAAACAGUCCAACUUGGGCAAAGGCUCACCCCAAUGCUAUAGAGUCGAUAGCCUACUAUGUCCCGGCGAAGGUUCCGUCUUUCAGAAAAUACUACUCUGGUAAUGGAAAACCCAAGUCGUUUUACGUCUUAGAAAAAGACAAGAAAGCUGCGGAAUAUCACAAGUUCCUGCCAUAAUUUCACGUAUUCAACCUGUAUAACUUUCCAGGCUUGCAUUUUGCUACCUUUGAGUACCACAAUCUUAUUAGAUUUGUUAACAUAAUCGCUAUUGUUGAAAUGCAUCGUAUUUUUAAUUAUCAAUGUUGCCAGUUUAAAAAAAUAUUCCAGUGAUUUAUUAAAUUCGUAAUUUUUUCUUAAUCUAUGUUAUUUAUAUUUUACAUUCAAAACCCAGUGAUACAUUAUACUUUACUAUACUAAAAAGGUUUUUCUCUGAAAUAUGUACACGCAAUAAUCGUCCAAUAUUAUAAGGACAUAUUUUGUUUGUAAAUAGUGGCUAAUAGCUUAAGUAACAAUAGGUGCUUCAAUAAUUACUGAAGACUGCGAUACGAAUUUAAAUUAUUAUCAAUUAGCUUUAGAAUUAUUUAAGAGCCAAAAAUUCAAAUAGAAUUCUGGACCAAAAGAUAGGGUCAGGGAUUACUUUUUGCCGAAAUUUAUUUCUCUUAGUUCUAUUUGUAAACUUAAAUCAUAACAUUUUAAAGAUAUGAUAUUAAACUAAGCUCAAAAUGUGCAUUUAAUCAAAUAUUAAUAAUAUUUUAUAAUGUAUAGCUUUUAACUUAAAAACGCAACGCGUGCAUCUUGGCCUUAGGAUCGGAACAGUAGGUUAAAGGUCGAAUUCUGGUUUAUGACAACUAGAUAGACUAAAAUACUACUGAGACGCAAAUUAGUAAUGUCACUUAUCACAAACUAUUUUUGCUUUAUUUCAAAGGCAAGAUAGAAUAAUGAAUGUAAUAUUCAAGUUUAUAAUCUGUGCUUUGUACCAAGUUUUAAUCAGAGCAAAGAUAAAUAAAUCUUAAGUCAGAAAUGUUUGAACACAAACUUUUUUAUGCCGAAUUUGUUGUAAGUGCCGGGCCCCGAACGUACGUAAUAAAUGUAUAGGAGAACCUUAUACAAGGUUUAAUAAUUUAAUAAUAAAGGCAAUUAUUGUAUUUGAUUAUUUGGUUUAGCCUACAAAUAUGUAGUCGAUCAACUUAA